AUGCAACCGGCGUCGUUGCAAGUUCAAGAAGUCGAGAAUUUCGAACUCAUCAUCCCGGGCCGGACACCCAUUGCCAACUCUUCCUACUCAACGGCUCCGUCUUUCAGCACUGGCGCGGCACCCAUUCUACUCCAGCGCGACCGUCAUCGACACGGCCCCUUGUUUCCCAUGGAGAUCAUCGAGGAAGAAGAGAGUGAAGGACGGCGAGGACGCCACUUACAGACCAGUUAUUACCUCUCGGCCUUCGGGCGGGGAGAAACUAUGUCCGCAAAUAUGGCGAUGGCAAUCGACCUUUCUGGAAGAAUUCACCCGCAGCGCUUUUGCGCUGCUGGCGCGGACCUGCAAGAGGGUCAACGGGCUUGGUUCGAAGCCAUUGGUGACGCAAUUCGGGCGGAGGAAGGUGGAGAGCAUGGGGAAGAAAGGCAAGGCUUGGUAUCCGCUGAGCGCUGUACGAGGAUGAUCGGCUUCCCGAGGAAGAUUACGCUUGGGGCGAGUUUCGAGUCUGCAUCGAAUGUGAGAAAUAUUAUUAUGGAGACAGAUGCAAGCGCAUACUUUCUUCCCUGCUUUCUUCAUAUCGUUGGCGAUGCUAAAGGAUAG